GACUGGGAAGCCCCUAGUGCGGAGCUGCCAACGCCCGGCGUAAAGACACAAAUAGAGGAUACGAUCUUGAAUGAGUAGUGAAGACUGUAAAACACAGCUAUGCAGACCAUCAAGUGUGUUGUAGUUGGGGAUGGUGCUGUGGGUAAAACCUGCCUGCUCAUCUCUUACACCACAAACAAGUUUCCCUCUGAAUAUGUACCUACGGUGUUUGAUAACUAUGCUGUAACUGUUAUGAUUGGAGGUGAGCCCUACACUCUGGGCUUGUUUGAUACAGCAGGUCAGGAAGACUACGACAGGUUACGACCUCUGAGUUAUCCUCAGACAGAUGUCUUCCUCGUCUGUUUCUCUGUUGUCUCCCCCUCUUCCUUUGAAAAUGUUAAAGAAAAGUGGGUUCCAGAGAUCACCCAUCACUGUCCAAAGACCCCCUUCCUCCUAGUUGGGACUCAGAUUGACUUGCGGGAUGACCCCUCAACUAUAGAGAAGCUGGCCAAGAACAAGCAAAAGCCUAUCACUCCGGAGACAGCCGAGAAACUGGCGAGAGACCUCAAGGCUGUGAAAUAUGUGGAGUGCUCAGCCCUCACGCAGAAAGGCCUAAAGAAUGUGUUUGAUGAGGCGAUAUUGGCUGCAUUGGAGCCCCCAGAGCCCAAGAAGAAACGCAAAUGUGUGCUGCUAUGAGAGGCUCCUACCUUUUUCAAAGCACACACACACAUAACACAUUCACACAUCUUGAGUACACACACACGCCCUCCCCCCCCAGCCCCCACAUCCCUUUCCCUUGCUCUGCUAAGGCUGGUUGACAGCAUUGUUUUCCACAGGGAAGACUAGAAAGAAAACAGCCUACCAAGUUUCAGAUAAUUCUCUGCAAUAAUACGAAGCUUCACCCCCGGAGUCUGAGUUUGGGACAGAAGGGGAACCUAACCUUGCCAACAGGCUGCUGUGGGUUUUCGGGCAGGGUGGUAUAGCCUUGGAUGGUGAUCCAGAUACCAAGCUUAUAUACAAGUAGAAUUCAUUCUGUCGUGCUUUUGACAGAUUGAUUUUAAAUCAGCGUGUGGCCUAAUCAACUUUUAGAAGCCCAGCCAUUUAAUUGUUCUCAGCCACUGUAAAGGUUUCAUGGUUGAAGCCCCACCCCAGCCCCUUUCAGCCACCUGAUUGGUUGCUGCUCAUGCUGCUGGUCCUGCCCCCUCUUAUUGACGAGCACACUCAUCGUCUGAUCCCUACAUUCUUUGUCAGCACUACCCGAAGAAAUCCUAACAAGAGUAGUUAUGUUUGCCAACACCCCCUUUUCUCCUCAAACACACAAGUCUGAGAUAUUUAUUCCGUGUUCCAGAUAGAUGCACUCGCAACCACUAAGGAAUCUGUGUAGGUCUGACAGGACUUGGUAAUUCAGGGCAAUAAGGCUAAAACUCCACACGCUCACUCUGAGGAAAUUGAACUGGUAAAUAUUGCCAUCUACUAUCCAGUCCUCUUAGUGUGGACUUUCACAGUGCAGAGUCGCAGUCCAUUUGGAGUGUGGAGACCACUUGAAGAGCUAAAGGCAUCCAGUAGUAAUUGGUCUGCCAGUAUGACCACAGGAAUUGGCCUUUUAGAUGCAGGGAACUUAAACAGUGUUAGCAGAACAAGUGAUGUGUUCUUCAUGCGUUGCCAGGGACCAAGGGAGAGUAAAGCAGGAUCCUGUGUUAACAUUGUCAUCACCUUACACUUAGAACGGGUACAGCAGAGACAUCCAUGUAAAACUAAUGUUUCUUGGCUGGAGUUCCGCGUUUAGACAACUGGUAAAUGAUCAUGAAUUUCCACCAGAUUUCUGUGCCAGGUCAGAAUUUGGUGCCUUCCUGUAGCGUGUUGUAUCCAAGCUGUAUGUCUGAGGUGUGAAGGGCUGUCUGGUCUGCUGUACCCAUUCAAACUGUGCGGUGCUGCAUGUAGCUGGACCUUGGUCUCUGUUCUAAAUGAUAGGUUUAACAGAUGUAAUUAUAAUGUAAGCUGACACACAAUGUUGAUGUAGGCUCCAGGUGUUUUUACCAAAAUCUUUUUUUUUUUUCUUCAUUAUUUCUGUUUGUGCUGGUUUUUUUUUUUGUUUUUAUUUUAUAUAUAUAUAAAUAUAUAAAAAAGGUUACUUUCACUCCUUUUACAUUUAGGGGUCGGAACUCAUCUGAACUCUUACCUGCCAGUUUAUACCAAGAAAACCUCUGAUUGGUUUAGUUGAAUAAAAACCUCCAAUGGCAGAGAGACUGUUUGGUAAAGAUUAUUUGUGAUUGGUUGGUUCUUGUUUUUCUUUACUGGUGGCUUAGAGUUGGGUUGAUGCCCAGCCCAAGUCAGUACAAUUAUUAUAACCUGUUGUUGUUUUGGUGCGAAACCAAAUGCUUUGUCUAAAGUCUUUGUUCUUUGUAUAUGCAUUCUUUUCAAAAAUAUUAAACUUAUACCUUAAUUGCCUUUA